CCGUCCCCUCCUCCCGAUACCGCUGGCACUGGGGAGGAAAACACGUUUGAGCUGCUUUUGCAAAUGCGACAUGCUUUCCUGUGAGCGGUGUGUUGCGCGCACCUCGCAGCCUGCUACGCCGUGAAACAGAGGCAGGACCAGCGGCGGCACCACUGGAUUUGUUGCCGUUGACUUGUCAAGGCUAGAACUUAGUCCGACUGCCCACUUUUUGGAUUUUAUUUCGCAUUUGGACUUGGCCGUCGGUCCUCGCGGAGCUGACGCGCUGUCAACACGCACCGCGAGGGGAAGGGAAGGGAGGGGAAGGGACGGGAAGGGACAGUCCUGUCACCCAACGUGGAUUCAGAGUCGGGGCUGUUUAGCAGCACUGCUAGCAGCCUGCCAGGGCACCGAGUGGGCAAACCGACCCAGUGCUAAACCCUCCUCUGUGAAACUACAUGUGCCUGGCUCCCAAUGAUCUCCUAAUCUCCGGGAAUCGGCCGCCGUCCAGGACUGAGGACGUCUCUGCACCCGAAGCUGACUGCUAUCAAGAUGGAGAGCGAGAAGAAGAGGAGAAAAUACUCCACGAGCAGCAAUGACUCCGACACCACAGACAGUCAGGUGACCUCAUGGUCCAGGUCAUCCAAGAAUAUGGGCACCAGCAGCACAUGGGUCCGCCACCAGCACAAGAAACCAUCAGAGGUGUUUCGUACCGACUUCAUCACGGCCAUGAAACUGCCGGACUCGGCCCAGCUCGGCCCUGACGAAUUCUACGUGCUCUCAGACCCCUGGAGACAAGAGUGGGAGAAGGGAGUACAGGUCCCGGCCAACCUGGAGGCCAUACCAGAGCCUGUGGUCAGGUUGCUGCCGGAGUCGACAGGUGGCCUGUCCAACAGUAGGCAGGAGAGGGACGGUGACCGCCAGCCUCCUCCCACCCAGCUCUACAGUUGCUAUGACCUGGAUGAUCUGGAUGUUGCCUGGCUGGAGCUGGUCAACCACGAAUUCAGACAGAUGGCCUUACCAGAGCUGGAUGAGCUGACGAUGGAGUGUGUUCUGGUCGAGCUGGAGAGCGUGUGUGAGGAGAAGAUGCAGCAGGCCAUCGAGACGGAGGAAGGCCUGGGUAUCGAAUAUGACGAGGACGUGGUGUGCGAUGUCUGCCGCUCCCCGGAGGGAGAGGACGGCAACGAAAUGGUGUUCUGCGACAAGUGCAACGUCUGUGUUCAUCAGGCAUGUUAUGGCAUCCUGAAGGUACCGCAGGGGAACUGGCUGUGUCGGACCUGCGCUCUGGGCGUCCAGCCCAAAUGUCUGCUCUGCCCCAAGAGAGGGGGGGCCCUCAAGCCCACCCGCAGUGGAACCAAGUGGGUCCACGUCAGCUGUGCCUUAUGGAUCCCUGAGGUGAGUAUAGGCUGUCCAGAGAAGAUGGAACCCAUUACCAAGGUGUCCCACAUCCCUGCUAGCCGCUGGGCUCUGUCCUGCAGCCUGUGCCGAGAACACACAGGAACCUGCAUACAGUGCUCUAUGCCCUCCUGUAUUGUGGCCUUCCAUGUGACAUGCGCCUUUGACCAUGGCCUGGAGAUGAGGACCAUCCUGGCUGAGAACGACGAGGUGCGCUUCAAGUCCUUCUGCCUGGAGCACAGCUGUACCACCAGCAACAGUAGUGCAACUACCAACAACACCUCCAGUUCAACCAGCGUGAGUAACGGAAACCACACCACCAUUUCCACCACCAACGGAACACACAGCACAGCCAGACCUGACUGGGGCACUGGUGGUGUCAGUUCUGAGACCCGGCCGGACCAGCAACACCAAACAAACGGCAGCAAUGACCCAGAGCAGAGGUCAGUGUCGUACCCGGUUUCAGUGUCAGCAUCAGAGCGAGCUGAGCGGGACCAGCUGGAGAGAGAGAAAGUGAGCCAGAGGAAACAGAAGCUCCAGGAGCUGGAGGACGAGUUUUACCGACUGGUCGACCCAGGAGAGGUGGCUGAAAACCUGGGGCUGCCCGUCCCCCAGGUGGACUUUCUGUAUCAGUUCUGGAAGUUGAAGAGGAAGGCCAACUUUAAUCGACCUCUGGUGACCUUAAAGAGGGACGAGGUGGACAACCUGGCCCAGCAGGAGCAGGAUGUUCUCUACAGACGCCUCAAACUCUUCACACACCUCCGACAAGACCUGGAGAGGGUGCGUAACCUGUGUUACAUGGUAACACGGAGGGAGAAAAUGAAACACACCCUGUGUGACCUCCAGGAGAAGAUCUUCCACCUGCAGAUACAACUACUGGAAGAGGACAUGGCUGGAGAAAAGACCCAGAAGGGAGAAAAGAGGAAGCAGAAUGGAGAGAAGGAGAAAGGGAAGGAAAGAAGGAAGAGUAGUCCUGAGAAGAAGAAGGAGAGAUGGAAGUCAGAGAACGGCUCCCUGCUUAAAGAGCUAGGUUUGUCAAAGUCCUUCCCAUUGGACAACUCUUUGUUCGACAGCUGGCUCGCCCAGUCGGUUCAGAUCACCGCUGAUGACAUGCUGAGCCAGUGGGCUCUGGGUGCCCAGCAUGGGGAUAAAAGCGGCAGCCUGCUCUCCGACCAGCUCCUGCAGGGCAAGGAGAGCCUGCUAAACCUUAUGAUGGAGAACUCCAUGCAGUCCACCUGGAAAACGCCCCAGCUGGGCCGCAAACCACAGGGCAUCAACAGGCCCCGUGCUCGUGGACAACACACCACCCCCACCCAGCCGCAGACGCUCCUUUCUGCAGCAGCCGCCUCCGCUGCCAGCAGCCCCUCCACUGCAAAGAGCCUCUGGGUAAGUGUGGCGGAGGAAAAGCCUAGCAAUGUGGGCCGGAAGGGGGAAAGGUCCAGGGGCUCCUCCAAGGCCCUGCACCACCACCACCUUCAUCACCACCAGACCAGGAGCUCUGACCUGCAGGCGGACCCACCGCCGCAGCCACCCAUCUCCAAAAUGGAUUCCUGUCACAUCUCGGAGGACCGUGGCCCCUGGGACAGCAUCCUCGCAGGGAAUGGUGUUGCAUCAGGGGCUGGAUCUGUUUUCACCACAAGCUCAUCUCCACCUCCAGCCUCCAGCCCUGGGGUCACAGUUCCCAACACAGGGGCGAUCCAUCGUGGCGGGGCUCCGCGGCUCCGUCUGCCCCGCCAGGGUAAAUCGAGAGGGAGGGGCAUCAGUGGAGGGGGAAGUGCAGCAGGGCUGGAGUCCAUGGACCUCACAGGAAAGGACAUGUCCCUGCUGGAUACUGCCGAGACUGACGGGUACUUCUCUGAUGGCGAGCAGAGUGAUUCAGACACGCGCUCUGGCGGACGCAAACUCCGCUUGCCACAGUUGCAUUCUGGGAACGAGGACCUGUUGAGAAGGAGCGUGCUGGCAUCCUAAAGAACUGAGACUCAAAUCAACACACACAAAAACACAGUUAUCCAAGCAGAGUCCCGCUGGCUAAUUGUUUCUCCAUCUGUGCCCAGUAUACAGUCUACAAAACAUGGCUGGAUGGCUUUGUUCAACCAAAUCCCUGUCACAUUUACCAAUGGAAAAUCUCUUCAGCUCUUACCUGCUUUGUUUUUUGGGGGAAUUUGAAUGUAGCUGUUUGCCUGUCGUACAGUAAAGCUUCUCCGCCAGACUGUACUUUGUUGUAAGAAAUCCACAAGAUACGAUACGUUCAACAAAUAGGAAAGAAACAUUACCUUUAGUCUUUUUUGUUUUGUGUUUCAGAUUAAUUUGGUUUCUGGGCGUUGAAGUACCCUGUUCUGGCGUCAUGUCUGUGGUAUCUGCCAGACUUGGGAACAAACACUUUGGGGCAUUAUUAUUAUUAUUCUUCAA